ACCCCAAGCUUGCUGCCUCCUCCGGGUCCCGGCGGCCACGGCGAGGCGGCCUGAGCUCCGGGAGGAAGGGAAGAGGCAGCCUCUGGGUGUGCGAGUCCCCUGGGCCCGGGGAAGGGAAGAAGAGGAAGAGGUGGCGCGGAGACCGCGGGAGAAUACAGUGCCUCCGGAGGAAAUCUGCUCGAUCCCCGGCAGCCGCCGCUUCCCCUUUGAUGUUUUGGUACGCCGUGCGCAUGCGCCUCACAUUAGAAUUACUGCACUGGGCAGACUAAGUUGGAUCUCCUCUCUUCAGUGAAACCCUCAAUUCCAUCAAAAACUAAAGGGAUGUGGAGAGUCCGGAAAAGGGGCUACUUUGGGAUUUGGUCCUUCCCUUUAAUAAUCGCCGCUGUCUGUGCGCAGAGUGUCAAUGACCCUAGUAAUAUGUCGCUGGUUAAAGAGACGGUGGAUAGACUCCUGAAAGGCUAUGACAUUCGUCUGAGACCAGAUUUUGGAGGUCCCCCCGUGGCUGUGGGAAUGAACAUUGACAUUGCCAGCAUCGAUAUGGUUUCUGAAGUCAAUAUGGAUUAUACCUUGACAAUGUACUUUCAACAAGCCUGGAGAGAUAAGAGGCUGUCCUAUAAUGUAAUACCUUUAAACUUGACUCUGGACAACAGAGUGGCAGACCAGCUCUGGGUGCCUGAUACCUAUUUCCUGAACGAUAAGAAGUCAUUUGUGCACGGAGUGACUGUUAAGAACCGCAUGAUCCGCCUGCAUCCUGAUGGCACCGUCCUUUAUGGACUCAGAAUCACAACCACAGCUGCCUGCAUGAUGGACCUAAGGAGGUACCCACUGGAUGAACAAAACUGCACCUUGGAAAUUGAGAGCUAUGGAUACACAACUGAUGACAUUGAAUUUUACUGGCGUGGCGAUGAUAAUGCAGUAACAGGAGUAACGAAAAUUGAACUUCCACAGUUCUCUAUUGUAGAUUACAAACUUAUCACCAAGAAGGUUGUUUUUUCCACAGGUUCCUAUCCCAGGUUAUCCCUCAGCUUUAAGCUUAAGAGAAACAUUGGCUACUUUAUCCUGCAAACAUACAUGCCUUCCAUCCUGAUUACCAUCCUCUCCUGGGUCUCCUUCUGGAUUAACUACGAUGCUUCAGCUGCAAGGGUGGCAUUAGGAAUCACAACUGUCCUCACAAUGACCACAAUCAACACCCACCUCCGGGAAACUCUCCCUAAAAUCCCCUAUGUGAAGGCCAUUGACAUGUACCUGAUGGGGUGCUUUGUUUUCGUUUUCAUGGCCCUUCUGGAAUAUGCUUUAGUCAACUACAUCUUCUUUGGGAGGGGGCCCCAACGCCAAAAGAAAGCAGCUGAGAAGGCUGCCAGUGCCAACAAUGAGAAGAUGCGCCUGGACGUCAACAAGAUUUUUUAUAAAGAUAUUAAACAAAAUGGGACCCAAUAUCGAUCCUUGUGGGACCCUACUGGAAACCUCUCCCCAACUAGACGGACUACCAAUUACGAUUUCUCUCUGUAUACGAUGGACCCCCAUGAGAACAUCUUACUGAGCACUCUCGAGAUAAAAAAUGAAAUGGCCACAUCUGAGGCUGUGAUGGGACUUGGAGACCCCAGAAGCACAAUGCUAGCCUAUGAUGCCUCCAGCAUCCAGUACCGGAAAGCCGGGUUGCCCAGACAUAGUUUUGGCCGAAAUGCUCUGGAACGACAUGUGGCACAAAAGAAAAGUCGCCUGAGGAGACGCGCCUCCCAACUGAAAAUCACCAUCCCUGACUUGACUGAUGUCAAUGCCAUAGAUCGGUGGUCCCGCAUAUUCUUCCCAGUGGUUUUUUCCUUCUUCAACAUCGUCUAUUGGCUUUAUUAUGUGAACUAAAACAUGGCCUCCCACUGGAAGCAAGGACUAGAUUCCUCCUCAAACCAGUUGUACAGCCUGAUGUAGGACUUGGAAAACACAUCAAUCCAGGACAAAAGUGAUGCUAAAAUACCUUAGUUGCUGGCCUAUCCUGUGGUCCAUUUCAUACCAUUUGGGUUGCUUCUGCUAAGUAACGAAUACACUAAGGUCCUUGUGGUUUUCCAGUUAAAACGCAAGUGAUUUGUACACAUGGUGGCAAGACAGCCUGAGUGCUCCAUGUUGUCUGUUUAGUAUGCAGCCUACUCAGAGGGGAAUAAUUUGGAAGAUAUUCUUAGAAGACUCAAUAGCAUUGUCAGUCAUUUGGUCAUAACCAGAUACUCCUCAUCUUCCUUUUUAAGGUUGGCAUGCUGUUGAGAUGGCAUUGUGCUUAUGAAACAUUAUCUGUAAUGCCAUGCAAACACAUUACUUGAAGAUGAUCUAUGCUUUUCUUACUAAGAUGAUAAUGGUGUCAUGGGAAGGUUAUUCCCACUGGUUUCUAAAAGAUUCUCUUGUGAUUGGAGCAGGCUAGGGGAAUCAAGACAGAGACUCAGGAAACUGAUUUGGCCAGUCUCUUAGCUUGAGCACAGAGGAUCAACUAUGAUGUCUUUCAUUUUGGCAUUUAGGAGGCAUGAGGAGACUUCUGAACAUUAUCGUGCAUGGUGGCCAAGGAAAUUUUUGCUAAACAGCUAUUUCCUAGGUGGUUAAAGUAAGAGUUAACAACACAGAGCAGAGUAGAAAAUCAGAAAUGACGGUUGUAACAAAAAUCAAGCAAGCAAGCAAGCAUGACCCUUAUCAGUUCCACACAGCAUCUGGUCUACACGUACUGUGUCUAGUGGCAAAGGGUGAGUAAGAGAGAUUGUUUUUCCAACAUCACAAGCUUUUGACAGCAUACCUAAAGAGGUUUUUAUAGUUUAAUCAAAGAUAACCAUGAAAUACAAAAGUUAGAGAAAUGAGAAUUGUCUUAGAUACUCAGGUUAGAUUCAGAGUCAUUCAAAUAUACAAAUACAGAGCACAAACUAGCAAACAGAUUGUUAUUCUCAGACGAAGUUGGCUGUCCCUGCAAUUUUUGUCGCUGAAAUUUUAUUUCUGAAUAUAAUAGGGUAUUUCAAGAGAAGGAUUUGUUCAUUGCUUUAAAGGAUUCAUGAUCCUCUCCAGCUUUCUUUCUCUUUUUUUUUGCUUCCAAAAUUCUGAUUAUAUUCUUAGGAGACUGGCAAAGUAAGGCUUUGGAGAGAUUGAGUGAACUAUAUUUUCUUAUGUGCAAUGAAAUUAACCAUUGUAUUUUUCAGCGCAAAUAAUAUUUCAAAGAGUAUGAACACACAGAGAGUUAAUUUGUGGGUUCAUUUGUUUUGGGCUUGAUUUUCUUAAGAGUGCUUUCAUUGUAUAUGUUGCAAUCUGCUUAAUCAAGGAAACUAUGAAAACUAGUGGAAAAUAACAGCAAAGCCACACAAACAUGAUAAAUGAAAUGAGCCUCAGGUGAUAUUGUAGAAGAAUAUAUAACUGUUAAUCAGGCAGGCAUGAUGUAUUUUUUUUCUAUUUUUAAAUUAUGCCAUUGUGCUUCUUUCUACAGUAAUUGGACAUACGCAUUCAUAUGUUAGACAAGAAAGGGAAUAAGCUAAUAUGUCUUCCUUCUGUCAAUAUGAGGCUCAUGUUUUGCUUUUCACAUAGAAAAUACUGAAUUGCUAAAUUUUCCUUAAAGUUUAAUUUGAUUGAACUUUUUAUUGGAGGAUGACUUUGCUAUUUCUAUUUUUAAAACAAAGAAACCUCUUCUUUUUAGAGUAGCAUCCCUAAUUGUGCAUAGCAGCCAGUAUCCUCCUGUAGAUAAUGUAUGUUUUCUUGGUUUCUUGUUUCCUUCAUGACUCAGCAACUUGGAAUAUGAUGGAGUACUAUUGCCCUUGCAUUCCAGCUGUCCAAGAACAACAACGAACCUUUAUCCUUCAGAUUCCUGAAUUUGCCCCAAAAUGGGAGGGUAUUUUUUUCCACCCAUGUAGGAAACCUUGGCCCUUAUGUUUUGAUUACAGAAUCUUGAGCACCUCUGAAUAUCAUCUCUGGGCAGAAUCUGACCAAUAUUCUUCGUAUAGGCUCAGAGUAGAGUAGUGUUUCUCCAGGGACACACUUUCUCCUAGGCAAUCAUUUUGGGGCAUCACACUAAGUAAAGUGCCUACCCCUUGUCAACAGGGGGUAAAGUUUGACUCAAAAACAUCAGGAAGGAACAUAUUGAUAACUCAGGGGCACAACUCCAAAAUGCCAUUCUGAAAAGGCUCUUCUAGAGUCAACUCAGAGCCCAAGUGUACAAGUGGGCUCUUAUGUGCAAUCACUAUACAAGCCAUAAAAAUCUUUGAUAUUGCCAUUUAUGAUUACAACAAAAUUUUAGAUGUUCAAGGAAGUCAACAGAACAAUCCAGAUCAAAGUGCAUCUUUGCAGCUUGAGCCUCAAAAGCAUAAAAACAGAAAUUCAUUUCUGCUCUCAGUGAUACAAGAAAUGAGGCAAAGGAAAAAAGAUGGGACCUUAGAAGCAAUGCCCUAGAGUAAAAAGCGUACAUUGGCACUCAGUAACCACAGAGAUAGAAACAACUGACUCAUCCUCUCCAGAAAUAACAGUAGAUGUAGAAUUUAUUCUUCAAUAUAUGUUUCGUUGAAUUGAAAUGCAGUCAUCAAAUGCGAGGAGGGGUGCUAGACCUGAUAAAUCUAGGAAGACCAGUCAGCUUGGUAGCCACUUGUUAAGCUAAAGGACCACAAAGGUGUGUUUAGUAGUUCUGAUACGGGAUUACUAUCAGUUUAUACAUAUGUAUAGAUUUUCUUUUAAUUAUAAACAGCCAGAUAGCCAGCAAUUAAGGUGUUUUUUCAUCUUUGUGAAAUUCAUGGACAAAUUCUGACUCUAAAAUGCACAGUCUACAUGAAAUCUUUGAUCACAAUCUGUAUAUAUAUAUAUUGUACAUGACUGCUAGUAGGUAUGAAAUGCAUUUCAGAAUUGAAAACUCAUGCAACAUAACCAUGUGUUUGCAUAAGGAAUGUUAAAAUUCUUUCUACUGCAAUUUAUUAACAGGGGAAAAGAUUCAAGCAGUGCCAUCUAGACCUUUUCUCUUCUCAUUUCUUCAAAAGCAGUGCUAAGUAAAAUAAUAAUAAUAAAAAUGGUUUAUGAACCAAAAGACUUUACAUUCUAGCAUUAGGAACACACACAAAAAAUCUGUCAGCUUACAAAAGCACAACACAUAAAGAAAGAGCAGUGGAAUGCGUAAUGGGGAAAUGAAUCAUGUUUAUUUAAAGCAAGACCUGCAUUAAAUUGGCAACUAAGAUAAUUUCCAUCUUCUAUAGGUAACUGUGUUCCAGUUUAAUGAUUACCUUCAUACUCAACAAGAAAAAUGGCAAAGCAACAUCAACAAAACAGGUCUUACAACAUAUCUACGUGUAUAUAUGUGUAUAUAUAGAUCCAUAUAAACAUACAUACAUAUAUAUGCAUUCAUAUGUUGGAAAACACAAGGAAUAAGCUAAUAUGUUUUGUUUCCUUCAUUAAACCAGUAUAUGAGUAUUUUUAAUUUGGCAAACAAAAAUCGACAUACUGAAAUAAGUAACACAGGGUACUAAGCAUUUCUCUAUCAGCAAAUCAAUGCCUACAGUUUUUAUGAACCAUUGCACAGUUUAACUCCACGAUAGUACUGUACCCCAGAACAUCAGAAGUUAAGUAGUUGUCACAUUGCUUAUCCAAUUGCUCUCUUUUUCAAGGAAACAAAUAACAUUGUCCAUUGGUGAUUCAAAAACAAACAUGUCUUAAGAAAGUGAAAAAUGAUAAAAAUUCCUCCAAAGAGGAAGAAAAAAAAACUAAACCCCACCAUGUUGGUUAGGGCAAAAUACUAAGUAUUCACAACUGUAGCAAUCAUGCCAUUUGGCUAAAUGUACAGAGUACAUGUAAUGUGAGCAACCAUAACUUUCACUGAGCGUGUGUAAAUAUUAAAACAGAUUUCUUAAAUAUUUUUAACUUCUAAUUUGUAUUUUAUGGUAAGGCAAUGUGCUAAUUCUGUUUAUGGCUUAAGUUGAUGUGUUAUAAUAUGUAAAUAAUUAAACAUGCUGUAAAUGAAUAGUCAAUAGAUACAAACAAUUGUUUAGUUUUUUUCUUAAUUUUUAUUUAUUUUUUACUAAGUACGGUUACUGCAGUGCCCCCAGCAGAGUAAUUUAAACACCCUUUUGCAUAAUGGUUUGGGAAUCCCAGACAGAAGGGUUUCAAUUUGCUAUCACACACACAGUCACACACAGUCACAUACACACACUUAAACACACAUAAUCUUUUGCUUAUGCACUCUGUCUCUCUCCCCGUCUAUGGGAAACACUCUACUGUUUAUGUAGUCAAUGUAACAAACAAGAGAUAGCCUUUGAAAUGGCAAUUGGGAAAAGCAAAAAUGAUCAUUGAUUACUUAAUAGAGUUUUUUAUAUGUCAGAGUUCAAGAAACCAAAGUUUGCAACUUAAAUCUCAGUUUUCAAAGAGUAGAAGUUUGUAUAGAUGGCACUACAGAAAAUAAAAAAGUUUAUUCACACCAGCUCCAGAAAUGUGUUACAGACAAUACAUACUAGAAGACUUUUUUUUUAAUAAUAGUAUUUUGUCCUUAGGUAGUGUUGUUCGUUUCAACCAAAGACUCCAGAAUUAUUGAAAAACAAAAAAAAAGAAAGAAAAAAUAUGAGAUAAUGGGGGAAAAAAGGACACUGCUUCACACCAAAGGUUUAAAAAAUGUAUUUUCCAAAUGCACUAGGAACAUUGUAAAAAACAGAAAGGAGUGAACAGAAUGCUAAUGAAGAUCCUGCCCUAAAGAAAUCCAUUCAAAAAAGAAAGAAAGAAAGAAAGAAAAAGCAGGACUCUUAAAAAGCUAUUAAGUUUUUUGAAGUUGAAGUAGAAUAUUUCUGUAGAUAUAUUCAAAAUUCUGACAUCAAAUUUUAAUUUGCUUAAAUAAGUUUUAUUUGUGGUGAAGAUCGAUUCAAAUGAUGAAAAACAAAACUGUAUGUCCUUUGAGUUCCCAAACCAAAUGUCACUGCCCUGUCACAUCCUCUAAUCUGAUGCCCGUGUGUGUCCUUGCGCCAUUUGAAGCAAGUUGACAGUUCCAUCAGUUUGUUUUUUUCUUUUUUUUUUUUUUGGUUGUAUAAUUUAAGUUCAACCAUGGUCAUUUUAAACAUAAUUAAACAAAGUUGCCUAUAGUUUAAUUUAAAUCUCACAACAUUUUUAAUUUAUUUUGCAUGGGUGUUUAAAUAGUUCUGUUAUGAGUAUUGUCCCUGCACAGUUCUAAAUUGUCCUUUUAUAAAAAAAAAAAAAAAAAGUGGUAUUCUAGUUUCUUCACAAUGUAGUGAUUAUCAGCCUUACUAAUUACCUUGUAGCCUUUCUUAAUAUGCACAUAAUGCACAUUUUCCAAUGGCUAGAAAAAUGCAAAACACAGUGGAUAUCAUUGCAUCUAUUUUCAUGUCUUUCUAAAAACAAGACUACUAAAAUCUCUGGGAUACAUGAGAUAGUUAAAAAAUGAGGAUUAUAAAUGAAUAGCACAUAAGAAUUAUUUUCUUGAAUUUAAACUUAUUGCAGCCAGUUUCAGCAUGUAAAUAUAUAAUAAUGUUGGCUAGUGUGUAAUUCUUGAACUAAGAAAUAUAAAUAAAAAUAAAAAGAGUGUG